CGGCGCCUUUCUUUCUCCGGCGGAAGCGAUUGGCGGAUGUGGGGCGAAAGAGGCGGGCCAAAUUGCCGCGGGUUCGGUGCCGCCACUGGAACCGGGAGAUGCGGCGCAGGAGCUGUCGGUGUGUGGGCUUUCACCUGAGUCUCGUCUCCUAUUGCGGUUCCUGCUGCGGCUUCGGUCAUGCUGUUACCUUCGGACAUUGCGCGGCUGGUUCUGGGUUACUUGCAACAGGAAAACCUCACUUCUACCUGCCAGACUUUUAUUUUGGAAAGUUCAAAUUUAAAAGAAUAUGCCGAACAUUGUACAGAUGAAGGUUUUAUCCCAGCCUGCUUACUGUCCUUGUUUGGAAAAAACUUGACAACAAUUCUGAAUGAAUAUGUAGCUAUGAAAGCAAAAGAAACAUCAAAUGAUGUUCCAGCAAUUAUGUCAUCUCUGUGGAAGAAGUUAGACCAUACGCUUUCCCAGAUCAGGAGCAUGCAAAGUUCCCCAGGGUUUGUUGCCAGUCAGAGAGUCCGAACAAGAAGUGGAAUUGCAGAAAUCAAAAGGCAGAGAAAGCUCGCGUCUCAAGCGGCUCCCGUCAAUUCAGAGUUGCUGACUUUAGCGUAUCUUUCAGGACAAUGUCCUGCUACUACUUCAACAGCCACACAGCUUGUCCGGUCAGCUGGCCAGAUUACAGCUCCUGUGAGGUCAAAUUUUGUAGUGGUUAACCAUUCACAGUCACAAGACACUGUGGCCACUGGAGAGUCUUUAAGUAUCAUUCCUGGUCCUCAGGAAAGGAAAACUCAAGCCAGUGUAAUGUCUCCUGCUAGACGCAAAAGUGAAUCUCAAAGGAAAAGUAACACUGUGUCUGGGCCUCAUUCAACAAUACGGAAUUUCCAGGAUCCAAAUGCAUUUGCAGUAGAAAAACAAAUGGUUAUUGAAAAUGCACGAGAAAAAAUAUUAAGUAACAAAUCUCUUCAAGAAAAGCUUGCAGAAAACAUUAAUAAAUUUCUGACUAGUGACAACAAUAUUGCUCAAGUACCUAAGCAAACAGAGAGCAACCCUACAGAACCAGAGACUUCAAUUGAUGAGCUCCUGGGACUUCAGAGUGAAAUCCAUAUGUCUGAGGAGGCUAUCCAGGACAUACUGGAGCAAACAGAAUCAGAUCCGGCAUUUCAGGCACUUUUUGAUCUCUUUGACUAUGGUAAAUCAAAGAAUAAUAAACAGAUAUCCCAAGGCAUUUGCAGUCCACAUCUGGACACCAAUCCCAGUGUAGUGUUAGCAGAUGAAACUAAUCUAGCAGUUAAAGGUUCUUUUGAAUCAGAACAAUCUGGUGAUCAGUCUGGGCAGCCCCCAUUUUGUACAUCCUAUCAAAAUGAAGACACAUCCAAUGCCUUGAAGAAUGGCAGCAGCCAUGAUGAGCUUAGACCAGAAGCACAGGAACACUUUCCUCAGAUAGGCUCUAGUGUCCAGAAAAAGGCAUUUAAAACGGGUGUACCUAAUGAACAGAAGUGUAACCUCGAUAUUUCCUUUGAAUCUGUGCCUCAUUUGAAUGACUUUAACCAAAGAGUAAAUUCUGAUGCCGAAUGUAAUCAGCGUUGUGCCGAAUUAUACACCCAUCAGAUGUCCACUGAAACCGCCAUGGCAAUGGAGGUCGGAAAGAGUUCUCUCUUGCCGGAUGCGCCACGUGAUUCUCCAUUACAGCCUGAUCAGUCUGGUAUACCAGUAACGUCAUUUGUUUCCCUCGGGGGGGAAACUAACAGUGAAAACUUCGUUCUCUCUGGGAAGAGUUCUCAGCUUUUAUCCCAAAAUAUUCCAUUAACUGGAAAGACAUCUAAAACAAGUCAGUUUUGUGAAAGCUCUAACAACACAGGAAGACUUAAAACUAACCUCCCUGGUUCUAAGUCACCAGACCCUAAAGAGAUUCUGCAGAGUGAAACUGAGAUUCACAACGAAUUGCCGGUCACAUCACAGCAACACGUGGAUUGCCAUGAUAAUUCUCCACUUCAAAGCAAGAUAUUACCUGUAUCGGUUGAAAGUUCAAGUUUAAAUAUAUCCGAACAAGUAGACAUUUGUCUGGAAGAUACAACAUCUUCGGUUAAACAGCCGCCUGAUGGUUCAUCAUCUCUUGAGUUAAAUCACGCAGAAGAACAUGAAACUCAGCCCUCAAGGUCUGAGAAAGUUGCUGGCGAUUCGCAAGAGCCUUCAUCUUUAAAAGAAGAUGGAGAUAGUAUUUUUCUCACUUUAAGUGAGAAUGGUAACUGUGGGGAAGUUGCAUUGAUUGCUCCAGAAGGUGAUCCUGUAGAAGAUAAACGUGCUGUUCUGUCAGAAUCUGUGUGUUCUUCAGUGGGAGGUUCUCACCCUGAGUCCCAGAAUACCAGUGACAGACCUGGUGUUGACAGCUCGGCAGACGUGGAUGCAGCAAAUAUUGUCUCUCUCAAAAUUAUCAUUAGUGACGAUCCAUUUGUUUCCUCAGAUACUGAACUGAACAGUGCUGUUUCUAGUAUCAGUGGGGAGAACCUGCCGACUAUAAUACUGUCCUCUCCCACUAAGUCCCCUGCCAAAAAUGGAGAAUUGGUUAAGUGCCUGUCUUCAGAAGAAGCCGCAGGUGCUCUCACAUCUGCGGAAAGAACGGGGGAUUCAGCAUCGGUGGAACAGAGCCUCUUGGCCCUCAAACCCGAAGACUCCACAGUGAAUGCUCAGAGUGAAGGCAGCGUUCCUUUUUCAGCCAGUGCCCCACCGUGCGUCUCCAAGGAUGGUGGAUACAUACAGUUGAUGCCAGCUACAAGCACAACUUUCGGAAAUUCAAAUAACAUUCUGAUAGCUACAUGCGUGACUGAUCCAACAGCCUUAGGAACCACUGUCAGUCAGUCUAAUGUGAUGGUGUUGCCUGGAAAUUCCGUACCUGGGACUGCUCAGCCCCCGCCGCCUCAGUUACAGACACCGCCAAGGUCAAACAGCGUAUUUGCUGUCAAUCAAACCGUGUCACCCAGCUUUUCACAAGGAUCUGCCAUCAUAAUUGCCUCUCCUGUCCAACCUGUACUCCAAGGAAUGGUGGGGAUGAUCCCUGUAUCUGUGGUUGGACAGAAUGGAAAUACCUUUCCUGCUCCUCCUCAGCAGGUCCUUCAUAUGCCUUUGGCGGCACCUGUGUGCAGUAGAAGUAUCCCUCAAUUCCCCAUCCCUCCAAAGUCCCAGAAGACUCAGGGACUGAGAAACAAGCCUUGUACAGGAAAGCAGGUAAAUAAUUUGGUGGAUUCGUCUAGUCAUUUAGUUGGAUGUCAUGCACGAAGAACUGAAGUGUCUGACAAGAAUAUGGCCACCGAUCUCGGGAAAAAAUUGGAAGAAAUCACGGUUCCCUUCUCAUUAGAGAGUGUAGUUCCAGCUAGCAAACCAUUUGAAAGCCACAGACGUGUGCUCUGUUUUGAUAGCACUGCUUCUGUGGCGAAUACACAGGGCACAAACCAUAAGGCGGUGUCCCAAAACAAGGAAAGGAGUGACAUUUCACUUCCUCAUCUCGAGUCACCCACUGUGUCCUCCACCUCCAAGGCCCCUUCUAAUAAUGCUCUCAAAAGAGACCGAGAGAAACCUCCUUUGCCUAAGAUUUUAUCUAAAUCAGAAACUCCCAAUAGCCGACAUAGCACCACAAAAGAAACUCAGUCAGAAAAGAAAGUCCCACCGACAGAAAUUGUACUUGAAUCUUUCCAUAAAACAACAGCUAAUAAGGAGAAUGAAUUAUGCAGCGAUGUCGAAAGGCAGAAAAAUCCCGAAACUUCAAAACUGUCAAAUGGGCAGCAGAAUGGGGGUAUACGGAAUGAGAAAACCGUAACUUCACUGCAAGAACUGACCAAAAAACAAGGCACGUCCUCAAGUAGUAAAAAUGUCAUUUCGGUAGGUGCAGCUGGGAAGGAUCCAAAGCAAGAACAAACUAAAUGUGCCGCUUCUUUGGUUAACCCACUAACCAAACCUGGCUCAGAAAUGCUGCAGGAUGGUCAGUGGCACAGCCCAGUAAGUAGGCUCCCCGAUAGCUCUGACUCCCCUGUACCCCGGACAGCGGGCUUGGGGGCAGGGGACAAACAUAAAGAAGAACCUAGAGAUGGGAUCAAGGUCCCCUCCAGUAGGCGUUUUGGUGAAGACAGUAGCACAGCCAAAGUCAUGGUCCCUCCUGUCACCCCAGACCUGCCUGCCUGCAGCCCUGCCAGCGAGACAGGGAGUGAGAACAGUGUGAACAUGGCUGCCCACACGCUGAUGAUUCUGUCCCGGGCUGCCAUCUCCAGGACCGCCUCGACAACUCCCCUGAAAGACAACACACAACAACAAUUCAGAGCAUCUUCGAGGAGCGCCACCAAAAAGCGGAAGAUUGAGGAAUUAGAUGAACGCGAACGAACCUCCCGUACUUCCAAUAAAAGUCUUGCAAAUUCGUCACUACCGAUGAAGAAGAAGAAAAUUAAGAAAAAGAAGCUACCCAGUUCAUUUCCAGCUGGAAUGGAUGUGGACAAAUUUUUGUUAUCAUUGCAUUAUGAUGAGUAAACACUCUGAACCUAAAAGAACAGUAGCUGUUUAAAACUCGUAUCCCUUAAACUCUGAGUGUAGGGAAUGAGAUACUGACAGAACCUGACCUGCACUUUCCUUGUACUGAAAUUUCACUUUAUACCUGAAUCAUGCUGUUUCUGAAGCAGCUUCCUACUUUGUAAAUAGAUUUACCUGGUAUAUUUUUUAUUUUGGAAAAAACAUUUGCAGAAAUGUAAGUAAAUCCAAUCUGCAAAACUGUAUAGCUGUGACAAUUAUGUACUGUAAAUAUUGUAUGAAUCUGGUUGAAAUAGAGGUUAAAUCAGCCUAGUGUUCUUACAUUGUGUUUUUUGACUUCUUGUGAUCCCUAACUCUGAGGUUGAUGCAUCUGGACUAGUUUCUCACUUUUGGGGGGAAAAUGAUGCUUUUCCUUACAGUUGCCUUUGGUGACUGUCCUACAAGAUGUUUGAAGACAGCCACAAAGUAGUACAGAAGUGAUGACAACCUCAUCUGGUGGUAGAGAGACCAGAAAUGAACAAUUUAGGAUUUUUUCUAGAGUGAAUACUUUAUUACCCUUCUUAUUACAGUAAAGGUUAUAUUCCUGAAGUUUUACACUUUCACUGUUUCUUCUAAUGGUUCUGGUCUCUUUGUUUUAAAGAGAAUUUUGUAAACCAUUUUUGAGUGUUCUGAUCUUUUGUUUAUAACUUUUGAGAUCUUUUACAGAACUUUAAAUGUUUAGACUAUUGAGCCAUACAAAGUCUAUUCAUGGGGUAGUUGAGACUUCUUGGUAUGUAUAUCCUUUUCCCCCACAUACUGGGGAUUUGAAGAAUUGCACUAAUCCAUAGCACUUCUUACGUAGUAGUGACCAGUGCACAUUUGAUUUAAGUCUUGUGUUCUGGGUUAAAGUUUGUGUGGAGGGCCAUUGUCUGGGAAGCUGUGUCCAUCAUUAAGAUGUAAAAAAGAAAAAUCAUAGUUUUAUAUUUUAAUGUAGUUUCUCCUAAAAUGGGCUGUUACAUAACUGUGUCUAUACUUAGAUAUAGUGCCCCCUAAGGUGUUACGAAGAGUUACUGUCACAGAGUCCUUAAGGAGAAUGAAAGAGGUGCCUUCUCUGUUUUAGACUCACAUGCAUCAGUUAAGUUGAAAAAUUCGUUUAAAUCUUUAUGAGAACAGAAAUUAUCUUUAAUAUGUGACCAAUUGUGCCUAGAUUAAAGUAUAUUCUCUUAAGUGCUUUCUGUUUGGUUAAAUAUCAGUAUAUCAGGAUUUUUUUCUACAGGUGUGUAUGUUGUUAAAGAGUCCUUUUCCUCGGCCUUUUUUUUGAUACUGGGCCUUCAGAAAACUAAAUGCAUCCUACUUCUCUAUCUCAGUGUGGAAAUCACGUCAUAAUUGCUGAAUCUUACUGCAGAAAUUUGUCUUGUGAGUUAUGAUAUGGCAGUGGUCUGUUCAUAAGGAACUACAUAUCAUACACUUAAUGUUUAUUUAACUCAGUGUGAUACUGUACUACAGUUAGGUUUGAAUAAAUAUUUUCGGUAACUUCAAAA